GAUCGCAUGGGAUUGAAGCUGCAGAACAUGAACUCCAAAACCCUUUCCUCCGCCUCACCUUCCGUCGUUUAUCCAAACCCUAGCAAGUCCCGUCGAUACUCCGUCGACGCCUCCUCCGGCUCCAAGGCUCUGCGAUACUAACGCAAACAGAGUCCCUCCUCACAUAAAACUCUAACAACAGCUCCUCCUCCUGGUGGUUAUCCUCUUUACAGACCUCGCCCUUGUGCUCACCAUCAAUCUCGAAUUAGAGCACAUCAAGGUAGAAUCAGAUAUUGCUUCCGAAUUUCUUUGCUCCUCCCCCCCUUGCUCAUGUCGGCGGCGCCGUUUCUUUCUCAUGAUGUCAUGUAGAUGUGCGGCAUGACCAACCUGUCGUAGCCACGGAGGGUACGUUGUGGAGCGUGCUACAGGGUCGUCCCCGUGGCAUUGACGACAUCUGAUUUGGAAUUCAAAUCUCUGUGGCAUAGCUUCUCUGAUUAUAGAUUUUCAAGCAUGACUACUCCAUCCAAAAAACCUUCUGGAGGGCAAUCAUCAAAGAAGGAUACAUUGAAAUGGUUGGAAGAGAUGGAUGAUGUGUUUGUUGAUGCAAUGAUAGAACAGCAAAAUAAUGGUAAUAGGGUGGAUGGCAUGUUUACAACAGCGGCCUACACACAGAUGACCAGUAUUUGUCAAGAAAAGUUAGGCAUUUCUCUGACAAAAGAUCAUUUAAAAAAUCGAAUAAAAACUUUGAAAAACAAUUUUGUUGCUGCAUAUGAGAUUUUUAAGAAUGCUAGUGGGGUUCAAUGGUCUGAAUCGAAGAAGAUGUUUGAUGCAACAAAUGAAAUAUGGGAUGAACUUAUCAAGGCAAAAAAAUGGCGGACCAAACCCAUUCACAACUAUGACAAGUUGUGUGUGCUAUUUGCCCCAGACCGCGCCACAGGUGAUGAUGCAUUUGCUGGUGCAUUCUUCAACAAUGCACCAGAAGAUGAGACUCCACAAGACCCCUUUCUGCAAAAUAAUGUUAUUUUUGAUGAGACACGUGAUGAAGCAAGCUCAUUUCAAGAUGAUGCAAUUUCCAGCAAGUCCAAAAGGAAAAGAUCAGCUGUCAGUGAGACUAUUGAUAAAAGGCUCCAGGAUUCUGAAUCAGGACUGCUUCGGAUAGCCUCAGCCCUUGAAAAUGGUCAGUUGACAAUUAGGAAAGCUGACCGCCCAAGAGUCGAUGAGGAGUUUACAAGAAAGGAGAUCUUUGCAGAGCUAGAAAGAUUAGAAGUUGAUCCUUCAAAGAUUGUAGAUGCAUACUUGCUCCUCUCAGCAGAUCAAGAGAAGACAAAGACAUUUUUUGGAGCUCCUGAAGCAUAUAGAUUGAAUGUGAUAUAUAGGAUGAUGUCUCAGAAUUAACUGAUCCAACUUAAACUUUUGAAUGAUGUGGCUUUAUGUGCAUAUUUAGCCUGCUUGGUUACUGGGUUAGAAGCUUAAUUGAAUGUCACUGUAGCAAAAUAUGCCAUGGUACCCUAGUUUGUUGAUGUUCUCACUUUUAGAUUUGUAUAUGUAGUCGUGAUCAACUGUAAUCAUUCUCAAGUGUUGGUUGAUGCCUUUUUGAAAUAAUAUACUCUUAUCUAGGGACGGAGCCAAAGGCCCUACCCUUCUAAUUUUUAAA